AGUCGCUUCAAAACACAUCUCUCUCUCUCUCUCUCUCACACACAAGACAGAACGAUGUCGCAACCGGUCAGCCAGAUGCCGCAAUCGGCGGCGAUAAUCGGACCCCAGUACUGCGUUCCGCAGGUGGUGGACCUCGCGAUCGUGAGGAAAGUGAUGUCCCUGACGGACGGCAGCUUCGUCGUCACCGACGUCAACGACAACAUCCUCUUCAAGGUCAAAGGGCGCCUCUUCAGCAUCCACGACCGCCGUGUCCUGAUCGACGCCGCCGGGAACCCGCUCGUGACUCUGACCGAGAAGAUCAUGAGCGCGCACGAUAGAUGGCAAGCUUUCAGAGGAGAGAGCACGGACCCGAAAGAUCUGAUGUUCACGGUGAAGCGCUCUUCGAUGAUCCAGUUGAAGACUAAACUCCAUGUGUUCCUGUCCACCAACACCACCAACGAGCACGUCUGCGAUUUCAGGAUCGAAGGGAGCUGGUUCGAACGAUCCUGCGUCGUUUACGCCGGAGAAUCCAACAACGUAGUUGCCCAAAUGCACAAGAAGCACUCUGUCCAGAGUGUCUUGCUCGGGAAGGACAAAUUCAUGGUGACAGUGUACCCGAAUGUCGACUAUGCAUUCGUCACGGCGCUCAUCGUGAUCCUGGACGGAAUCAACAAGGAGGACCAAGACGAGGGUUGAUCCUAAGCCCUUGUCGGCCUUCUUUUGGGAGGUCACGUUAUAUAGGGGUGUGCCUGUAAUGGAAUAAUUCGAGAUGUUGGUCGAAUCCAAUCUCAUGAUCGCAUUGUUCCGAUCACGCAAUAAUCGGAGGAUCCGUGAGCUGUAAGAUGCAUUGCUAAUGAUAAAUUGUUGUGCGCCUAUGUGACCAUGAUGAUGUUAAAAUGAAUUAUCAAUAUAGAAAUGGUUCAGAUAUCAAAA